AUGUCUAAAUUAAUACUUUACGGUGACCAGUUGUCUCAACCAACCAGAGCUAUCUUGUUUAUCUUGUUGAACAAUAAGAUUCCACAUGAAUUCAAAACUAUUAGCAUUGCCAAAGGUGAACAAAACACUGAAGAAUUUGCUAAAAUAAACCCAUGGAAAAAAGUACCAGUCAUUCAAGAUGGUGAUCUUACAUUGAUUGAAAGUCACACCAUCCUGAGAUACAUUGCUCAAAAGUAUAAAUUGGAUCAAUUGUAUUCAAAUACUGAUUUGAUUGAAAGAUGUAAAGUUGAUAUGUAUUUAGAUUGGCAUCAUAUUGGAUUACGUAAACCAGCUUCAACAGUUUUUUACUUUACAUUUGUUGCACCAUUGUUUGGUAUCCCUGUAAACCAAGAACUGUUGGCUUCAGAAUCCAAGAACCUCCAAACCAGUCUUUCCAAAUUCGAAUCGAUUUGGUUGGGAGACAAGAAAUUCAUUGUUGGUGACAAAGCUACUCUGGCCGACUUUGCAUCAUUCACAGAGAUAUCUAAUCUCAGACUGAUUUCAAACGACUAUUUCGAUCUUUCAAAGUAUCCAAAAAUAGAUAAAUGGAUCAAGCAAUUUGAAACCAUGGAUGGUUAUCAAGAGAGUCAUAACAUCUUUAACAUUGUAUUGGCUAAAAAGCAAUAA